AUCUGAAACACGUCUUAAUUUAGAUUCGAAUGAAACUUUAGAUGAUCGUGAACAUUUAACUAAUAGUCAAUUGGAAGUAUCGAAACCAAAAUUUAAAAGCGAAUUGCGAAGUUCGGAUCCAUUACUUCUUGAUAGAAAACACUUAAAACCGAAUCGUAUAGAUUUGUUUCGCAAUGCUGUGCUUGAACGUCGUUUUGCUCGUCGAAUUCAUUCAGCAUAUUCAUCGUCAACAACGUUACGUGCGUUAACUCGACGUCGUUCAACACAAAAUUUAUUAGCACGUAAUCGUCGAAAUGUAUUCCAUCUACCACGAAAUUCAAAGUGGCAU